CGAACCACCAACCACUACAAUAAUACACACACGCAGAUACUGGUACAACACCCACAGAGAGAUACCAACUCCCUUCCCUUUUUUGUGUGUUGCCGUUUUUGUUCCAUACUGUUUCAGUUCAGUUCUGUACUGUUCUGUUCUGCCAACUGUUCUGUCGCAAGUUUUCGAAUGCCCAUAGAAUGUGUUUUCAAAUCGAAAUUGUCGCGCACUCGAAACGGACGCGUUGCGCUCGGCAAAAAACGCCAAAAACGAUUAUUGUCUAACGGUACAACGUUGCACGAGCUCGGCUUUAAAAAACACACAUUCCACAUUAUAUGGAGUUUUGAAAGUCAGGUUCUUGGUUUUUGAAUAUAGGCUGUUUUUGAAUACCUUUUGAGUGAUUUGGUGAUUAUUCGAGUUCCACUUAAAAUCAAUCGCAGAAAACGAUCACAAAUCCAUGUGCAAUAUAAUUGUUGAUAAAGUGAUAACUAUCUAAUGGAAUACCAAAAUAAAAACAAAUAAAGAGAGAGACUUUUAUCUAAAAAAUUAAGAAAAGAGCACCACCUGACGAUUACCACCUGCACCCCAUCACAGGCACAGGCCCAACACCACGCCAUGACGAGCAUCUCGGCCCUGCUCCACCGGAGUCACAGCCACGGCAUUGGUGGAUACACGAGCAGCGGCAGCGGGAGCGGUUGCAGCAACCACAGUCACAGUAGCAGCCUCUCGCCACAGUUGCCCGGCAUUUUGGGCAUGGGUCUGGUACCAGGAUCUGGGUCUGGGGACAGGACACCGCCACCGUCGCAGCCCACCGACCUCGUCAUGCCAGCGGCACCGACGCCAGUGCCACCCAAAAUGCACCACCAUCAUCAUCAUCAGCAAAGCGGCGGCAACGGCUCCUCCAAUACCAAUUCCAAUUCAAGCUCCCAAUCCCAUACCAAUUCAAAUGCCGGGUCGCAUCACGGCCACGACCACAUUAAGCGACCCAUGAACGCGUUCAUGGUCUGGUCGCGGGGACAGCGUCGCAAAAUGGCCCAGGACAAUCCAAAAAUGCACAAUUCCGAAAUAUCGAAGCGCCUGGGCGCCGAAUGGAAAUUGCUCACCGAAGGACAGAAGCGUCCAUUCAUCGACGAGGCAAAACGAUUGCGUGCCCUGCACAUGAAAGAACAUCCCGACUACAAGUACCGACCUCGUCGCAAGCCCAAGACUCUCAACAAAUCGCCAGUGCCGGGCGGUGGUGCUGGUGGCGGUGGUGCAGGUAACGGUAUUGGUGGCACUGCCGGUUCAGGUGUAAAUCAGGCUGGAGGCAAUGGAAUUUCGGGUGGAUCGUCCACGCCGAAGGACAUGCAGCCGCAGCUGUCGCCACUGGGUCAGACGCUGCCCCACCUGCACGGACAUCCCCACCAUCCACAUCAUCCCCAUCACCUGCACCACCACCAUACGCCUACGCAGCACCCGCACCACCCACAUGCCCCGCAUCCGCACCACGUCCAGUUGGCCGCCGCCGCCACGUUGAGCGCCAAGUACGGAUUCGGUUCGCCGCUGGAGCUCUCCCUGCCCCGCCUGCCGAACGCGUUCCCCGGCCUCGCCCACUACCCCCUGGAUCCCACGCUGGCCCUGGACCUCCAGGCCCGCCUCCAGGCCAUGUACGCCGGAAGUAUCUACCAUCCGUGGCGCUACCUGCCGCUGAUAAGCCCGGAGACACCGCCCUCGCCCCCCAGCAGCAGCGGCACCGGGAUCUCCUCCUACGGCUGCGUCAAGUCGGCCAAGUCCUCGCCAGGAUCGGUGGCCACCACCCCGCCAAACAUCAUUUGACCGACUCCACUGCGCUACGGCGCCGGAACCGGCACCGGCACCACCGCCGAGCACGCCGUGUAGAAACCACAGGGUCUCCCUAGGGUACGCCACCACCUGGCAAGGCACCUGAAGCCGCCAAACUAAAAUCCUAAUGUUAGAGCCUAGUGUUAGUUGAAUAUUUGUGCAUUUUUCUUGGUAGCUUUUCAUUUUAUUUAAGGCUUUAAAAUGACAGGAUUAACAAUUUAUCCUUUUUUCUGUUUAAAGUUUCAGUCAAGUUUCUAUUACUAAAAUGAGAGGCAUCUUUUGUUCCAAAUCUUUCCGCUAAAUAUUUAUUUUGUUUUGAAACUGUUUAUCCUUAAAGAAAGAAAGUAUCCUUUUUAUCCUGCUUCUAAGUGCAUUAGAGUUGUUAAGGCAUCAAGAAAAUGUCCAAUUUUGUGUAAUAUAUGAUUGUAAAACUAUAUUUUAAUGUGAUAAAUGAAAAUGCAAAAAAUAUGGAUUAAAAAACUGUAAGAGAAUAAAUGAUUUUUAAGUAGA